AUGGUUAAGGAAGCGAAAUACUACGAGAUCCUUGGCGUCUCGCCAAAUGCGACGGAGCAGGAGUUGAAGAAGGCGUACAAGAUUUCCGCCCUCAAGUUCCACCCAGACAAGAACCCCAACAACCCGGAGGCCGAGCACAAGUUCAAGGAGGUUUCACAUGCUUACGAGAUUCUUUCCGACCCACAAAAACGCCAGAUCUACGACCAGUAUGGCGAGGCUGGUCUUGAGGGCGGUGCCGGCGGCGGUGGCGGCAUGGCUGCUGAGGAUCUGUUUGCCCAGUUCUUUGGUUCCGGCGGCUUCGGCGGUGGUCUUGGUGGCAUGUUCGGCGGCGGCACGCAGAAUCGCGGGCCAAGCAAGGCCAAGACCAUCCACCACGUUCACAACGUCUCCCUCGAGGACAUUUACCGCGGCAAGGUCUCCAAGCUUGCCCUUCAGCGCUCCAUCAUCUGCCCCAAGUGCGAGGGUCGCGGUGGCAAGGAAGGUGCCGUUCGCAAGUGCACAACUUGCGACGGUCACGGUAUGAAGACUAUGAUGCGCCAGAUGGGUCCCAUGAUCCAACGCUUCCAGACCGUUUGCCCAGACUGCAACGGCGAGGGUGAACUUGUCAAGGAGAAGGACAGGUGCAGAGGGUGCAUGGGCAAGAAGACGGUGGUUGACAGGAAGGUUCUCCAUGUCCACGUUGACCGUGGCGUGAGAAGCGGUACCAAGGUGGAAUUCCGUGGUGAGGGUGACCAAGCGCCAGGCAUCCUUGCGGGUGAUGUCGUUUUCCAGAUUGAGCAGAAGCCACACCCUCGCUUCGAGCGCAAGGAGGACGACCUGCUCUACAACGCCGAGAUUGAUCUCGUAACGGCUCUUGCUGGUGGAACAAUUUACAUCGAGCACCUUGAUGAGAGGUGGUUGAGUGUUGACAUUCUGCCUGGCGAGGCUAUCUCACCUGGCACCGUGAAGAUGAUCCGCGGGCAAGGUAUGCCAUCAUACCGCCACCACGACUUUGGCAACAUGUACAUCCGAUUCAGCGUCAAAUUCCCCGAGAAGGGCUGGACUCAAGACGAGGCCGCCUUUGAGGCCCUUCGGAAGUGCCUCCCAUCGCCGGAGAUCAUCAACACACCCCCUGCUAAUGCCAUGACGGAACCGGCUGAUAUCGAGGAUGUGGACGCCAGCUCCAAGGGUGGCUUUGGCGGGGCCACUGCCAUGGAUGAGGACGAGGAUGAUGGGCACCCGCAUGCCGAGCGCGUACAGUGCGCUUCGCAGUAA